AUGCAGCCGCUCGCAGCACCGGGGCCGGCCGUGACGCCUGCGAUUGAACGUUUGCUGCCGCUGCCGGACGAGUGGACGCCGCCGAAUGUGUCGCCGGCGCUCGCGAGGUUUAAGAACAACUGGGAGGGCUUCAUCGACUCACUCAUCCGCGAGUGGAAGACGCUGAACUUGGUGUCAGCGUUGUUGCUUUCCGCCAUCCUCACGAUGUUCCAGAUCCCGGACGCGGCCACGGACCCGGUGACGCGGAACGCGGCGCUGCUGUCGCUGAUCUGCGCGCUGAUGAGCCUGUCGUACGGCUGCAUCUACAUCGUGCGCUUCGGGACGAUGCGGAGUAUGUAUAGGGCGUCGAGGUGGGCGGAAGAGGCAAGGAGGACGAAGACAGCCAUUCUGUGGAAUGUGUGGGUGCUGCUGGCGAUGCCGGCGGUAUGGUUGUCGUGGUCCAUGGUCAUGUUCAUCACUACGAUCCUUUCCUUCGUUUGGCGUACUGGGGCGGUGGAUGAUCCCGAGGAGCGCGACCCGCUGCCCAUCCACAUCGCCCUCGUCCCACGCGUGAUCAUCACAGCGGUGUUUGGACUCGGAAUGGUGUACUUCAUCCUGAUUGUGAACAGUCUACGGAGCUAUGGGUCGAGGGCGGCGAGGAGAAAGGCGCAGAGGAGUCCGAGGGUAGCGCAGGGGGAGAGUCGCAGCCCGCGGAUGGCCAACCAGGGAACGCCGGGGGUGGAGAGGACGGAGGGAAGGGAGGAAGGGAAGGAGAAGCAAGGCGAGGCGAAGGAUCGCAGGGCGGGCGGGAUGAGAAGCGGGCUGAGAGAGCAGGUGAAUGGGGAUGCAUGGCGUGGACGAGAACGCGAGCGGCGGAGUCGGUCGGCGUCGGACGAGUUGAAGAAGGGCGCGGAGACGAAGGAGACGAAGAAGGAGGCAGAGGGAGUUCGGGUUACAUCCGAGACGGUGGUCAGUGGGGGUUCGGGAGAAUCGAUGGGGAAGGGGAGUGGGACGGGUGAGGAGAAGGAGUGA